GUGUGGUGGGAGAGAUGGAGAGCAAGGUGGCAUUUUUCAGAUUUGGGCGUACAGAUCACAUUCAAGGACCUCACACUGUUUUUUUUUUUGCUGGCUGCGCGUCGUCUACUUUUCAGGUUGCAGGUAUGAGGAUGACACACUGGUGCAUGCUGGGCGUUACCAUCCUACUUCUGGCGUGCGAGGUCGCCAUCAGUCAGCUGUGCAAGUCCGUCAUCACCUUGUUGGAUGGUUUCCACACACUCUUCAUCCUCUUGCAAAUGGCUACUCGUCAUCCUCUAACUGCCCCCUCCUCUUCGGACGCUGCCACCGAUGCCACCAGUCCCACUCCUCUGCCACUCCAUGAUGGAGCCUCACCUUUUAACUCAAAUCCACUCUGCCCCCCGACAGUCUCUCCUCCAGCUCUCAUUUGCGGAGUGUCCUUCUUUAACAGCAGGAUUCCAGCUGUGGGGAGUUUCAUGUCCAGUCUCCUCCUGGCUUCACUGGGUAUCUCCUACUUACUGCAAAGCUUAAAAUUGUUCCUGAUGCCAGCACCAGUACAGCUCCCCCUGCUGCUUGUGGUGGUGGGAUCUUUCAGUCUGCUCCUUAAGAUGCUGUGGCUGGGGCUGAACUGGGAUAAGCUGCAGGAGGAGAUGACUGGAGCCAGCCGACAGCCAGAAACCCACUGUCAUGUUGAAGUGAACCACAGAGCCUUAGCAGCAGAAGAAGCCAAAGGCCCGGCUGAUGACGUUAGCCUGGUCCAAUCCGCUGCAGAUGACUCACUGCACAACGGGGCGCUUCUCUUCUGUAACCCAGGAGCCUCCAGCGUCCCUGACAUUGACCCUCAAAGCCCACAACAACUGCCAGAAGUCUUUGCAGAACUGGAGGUUUGCAAGUGUGAGAGUCUUUCAAAAGACAUCCCUGAGACGUCUAAAGACGAAACCAGCAUGGGACAUCUUGACACUCAAAAUGCAUCUAUAACCUUCCAAGUCUGCAAGUCCUCACAUCCCUCUGCGAGCCCUGUUCCAAACAGCCAGCAGCCAGUUUGCCUGCAGUCGCUCCUCGUGGUCGCUCAGGGCCUUUUCACUUCACUUCUGGCUCUGUUCAAUGGCCUGGUGAUGCUGCGGGUCGACCCACAGUGCCUGCCUGGCUCUGAAGCCUGUGGCCUCCUGUUUUACCUGGACCCUGGUCUCUCCCUACUCGCUGUGCUUAUGCUGAUCGCCACAGCUACGCCACAGGUGCACAGGUAUGGACUGCUGCUGCUACAGGCCACACCUCCACACAUUUGUGUGUCUGAUCUUGAACAAAGGAUCGCAGGUGUCCCCGGAGUGGAGACUGUGCACGACCUCCACGUCUGGCAGUUAACCGAAUCGUUCGUGGUGGCCUCUGUCCACGUUCGGUGCCAUGCCAGGUUUCCGACUCACAGGUGUGCUGAUCUGAUGCUGGGCGUCACUAAGGUGCUGCAGAGUGUCGGAGUGAGAUGCUGCACCGUGCAGCCAGAGUUUGCUCCAUGUUCUGCAGGCAUGUGCUGCCCUAUCCUGAAAGAGGAGUGCAGGAGCACGCUGGCACCACCAGCUGGGAAAACAACGGAACAGCCCUACACCAAAGAUUUUUAAGUAUUAGCAAAUUAAAUUGUGUAAAAAAACUUAGGGUUGACCGAAUUUUGGGUGUCUAUGCCUUUACUAUUUGAAAGGAACAAAACAUUCUGAGACCCCUUUAUCUGCCAAUUUUUUAAAUAGCAAUGAUUCUAAGAUGUCAUUAUGUAACUGUUAUGACUGGGUUUUUUCUUGAUAUUUUACAGUUUUUACCACGAACUAAAAAAAAACUAAACUAUAGAAAUAAGAAAUAAAAGGAAUCACAAAUAAAACCCAAAUGCGGAUAUUGAUUUGUCUGGGCUCAUAUGGGCUGAUUUUCAUCGGUCAACUCCAUCAGGCUCUAUUUAAAAUAUAUCUAAUGUCACAUUAUUUGAGCCUGAAAUGUUUGUAAACUCUCUCAUGAAUGCACUUAAAUAAAAUGAAGAAUAAUUCUAAA